CACUCCAGACAUUGUGUUCCUCUCUAGGCUGUGGUCCCACUGUUUGUUGUUUGACCUGUUUGUGAUCUUCUUUUCUUUUUCCUCUUAGUGUCUCCUUUCUACCAGGUCCUGAGAGACUCUGCUGCUUCCUUGUUCCCCGACACUAAAGUGACAGCCCCCAUGCCCCAUCCUUCAAGAUGUCCUCCAUCUCCUCCAGCCUGAGUAGUCUCAUUUCUCACAGGAGUUCUGUCUACCCCAGGACUCCUGAAUCAGGGUGUUGAGUCCUUCUGAGUGUGUGUGUGUGUGGGGGGGGGGACUGAGACUCCUGUGUAAUGCUCUGUGAGUGCUGGCACCAGCACAAGUCCCUGCGCUCGGCCUACCCAGUGACGAGCUGCCCUGUGGGUCUGCUAUGUUGCAGAAGCUGUUCUGUGGAGGGGGACAGCACAGAAGAAGAGAAAAUAAUAGUAGUGCCUCGUGGCCGCAUCCUGCUCUUCGGUCCUGGCAGAUUCCAGAAGGGUUGGAGGUGGCAGAAAAGGCAAAUGUUCUUAUAUUCGAACGUGCUGCUCAUCUCCAACAAAAAGUACGUAUGUACCUGCUCCCCCUGCUCCCGACCCCACAGCUGCCUCUUCUCUGCUGCCCUGAGGACAGAAGAGAUGUUUUUCUUCAACAUUUCCAUUCAGCGUUUAUUUCUCUGAUGUAUGGCAUGUAAAUAUCUUCUCUCAUUCUGUAAGGGGUCUCUUUGUUUGGGUGGCAGUUUCUUUUGCUGUGCAGAAGCUUUUCUAUUUGAUAUAGUCCCAUUGGUUUAUUUUUUAUUUAGUUAUCUUUGUAAUUGGAUUCAUUUCAUUGAAGAUGUCUUUAAAAUUUAUAUGGAAAAGCAUUCUGCCAAUAUUUUUCUCUAAGUAUCUGAUAGUUUCUGGUCUAACAUCUAAGUCCUUGAUCCAUUUGGAAUUUACUUUUGUGUUUGGUGAAAUACAGUGGCUCAGUUUCAUUCUUCUGUGUGUUUCAACCCAAUUUUCCAAACUCCAUUUGUUGAGGAGACUCUCCUUUCCCUAUUUAAUAGUCUGGGCACCCUUGUCAAAGAUUAGAUGUCCGUAGGUGUGGUGAGGGGAGACUUUAUGCUGAGUCACCUGUCUGGUUCAGUGACCUUGAUGGCAAUAUAGGGUCUCCCUCCUGCUGUUCUAGCCUCUGUGGGGCAACAGCAUUAGAGACUCAGGAAAUCACAGCUGUAAACUGGUGAGUUUUUAGGUAAUUUUUCUUUCUUUUUAACACUUUUUUUUGUUGCUUAAACUCAGACCUGGCAGUGGUGUGUCUCAGCCACCAGUAUCCCAGUUUGGUACCAGCCAUCCCUGAGCUCCAUUUUUUAGUCCUGGUGAAGGCUCCUUCAACGUCUUUCCAUCCACAAGCCACAUGUAACUGUUCCCAACUAUGGCUUAGGUGAUAGCCUCUUCCAUCCAUCCUUCCUUUCUUUUUAUAAAUAACAAGUAGAGCACCUCAGCUGCCACUCUCCCAGCACUUCUCUAUGAAAUAGCAGGUGCCAUGAGAAAGGCAAAUAUCCAAAUUAUUGGGAUCCCUGAGGAAUAAGAGAGGGAGGAAGGGAGGGAGGGAAGGAGAGGGAGAGGGAGAGAGAGAGAGAGAGAAGAAAAGAAGAGAACAUAUUCAAAAAUGCCAGUUGUCCCUGUGUAUGGCCUUUUAGUACCAGGAAUCUCUCCCACACCCCUUUUCUGUAAAGGAGCCACACAUCUGCACUCACCUGUGGUGACUUUUUGAAGGAAUCCUGGUCAUAAUUUGUUGAGUUUCAGGUGAUUUUUGUUGCUUUUCCUAGUUGACUGGAGAGAGCAAAGCAACUCUGCUAUAACUCCAUAGCCACAUCUCAGGAUGUCAUGAAUUAGACAAUGAAUUAAUUACAAUUACCAUAAAAUGAAUCAAUGAAAUAUAAUUAUAGGUGGGGGAAAUAGCAUAAUGGUGAUGCCUGAGGCUCUGAGGCCCCAGGUUCAAUCUCUAGCACCAACAUAAGCCACAAAUUAACAGUAGUCUGGUGGUAAUAAGGAAAAAAAAGUGAUUAUAGUUUACAAUGGCUAACAAUAUAGCAAUAAGACAGGAUGCUAAGUAAGUGAAAAUUUCUCUUGAAAAGCUCCUAAUGACAGAAUAAGGGAGAAAGCAUAAUGACUAUGCAAAGACUUUCAUGCCCAUGGCUUGAGGUCCCAGUAUCACUUCACGGCCCCACAAACCAGAGCUGAGCAGUGCUCUGGAGAGAAAAAAGCAGCUUCCAAGGACAAUGUGUUGUAUUUUCUGGAGAAUCACUGUUGAGGAAGCUAGCUCUUUUCUGCCACAGGUAAAGAGGCUGCAGGGACUUCCUGGGCUGGGCUCCAGUUAGCACACACCUGCACCGGGCCCAGCCUCUCUCUGCUCGUGUUCACAGCUGAGCUCAGAGGGGAAUGAGCCACAGAAACCCACUGUCUCCUCUUGAGAAACCCAGCUGUUCGCAGAACACUGGAGAUGCAAGCUAACAGCACUGCCCUCUGUUUCUGCUCCAGGUUCAAGGAUCACUUCAGAAUCAAGUACUCAGUGCCCCUGAUGGACAUGUGGGUGUCACACACUGUGAAGAAAUCUGCAAGAGCCCGCACAUCUCUGAUCUUGGGCUGGGCUGACCUCUGCUUCGUAGUCUCUUUUCAUUCAGUUGACAGAAUGGAGAAAUGGUACACCUACUUGCACAGCAACAUUUAUCAAGCUCAUCUCCACAACCUGCCCCUGGACACCAUCUUAGAGGAUGUAGAGGACCAUGUCUGUGAAUCUGAGAAAGAUAGCCAGUUCUCUGUGAAUUCCAGAAAGAAAGAAACCACAGAGCCCUCCAUGGGUUGUGAACAUCUGCAUAAGCCACUGACAACCACUGAGGGGCUUCCACAAGAACCAGGGGACUCCCCCUCUGCUUGCUGCCUCCAGGAGUCCUUCCUUGUGGAGCAGAUAUGCAAGGAGCCCCUGGGUCAAUUUAUCCUCAAACCCAGGCACCCAUGUAGAGACCAGCAGGAGAGAGGGGAGCCCCACACUUCCUGUAUAUGCCUCCUCUCAGGUCAUGUCUUCCUUCCUAAAAACAAGCUUUUGACAUUGAAAGUCAACUCCAUGGGGAGAAGCGGGAACAGGACUGGCAGGGACCCAAUAGACACCUAGAAUCUUGCUUCCAGAAGCCAUGCAUGUCUCAAAUAAAAAUUCAGCUCACUCCUGGGAAGGUUUCUCUUUUGCCAAGUCUCUAUGGAUAGUGGCCUUUUCCCUGUGUCCCCAGAGCACACCCUCCACGUGAUCCCAUCAUUAGGACUCUCAGGGUUGGGACCAUG